AUGUCACUGAGACCGGAUUGGGCGCAGUGGGACGGGAAGUUUGUGACUUCCACGGGGAUCAACGAAGUUCUUCGAGACUUCUCAUCAAAUAUUGAGAGGAAGGAAGAGAACAAUUCAGUAAGAGACGCUCUAGUCCUGCAAAACUUCUUGACAAGUAUCGGAUACACAGCAGCAAAGGUGCAACAGAGGUUCGGGCUUGCUGGAGCAAAAACAGCGGGGCCUUUUUACGUGCGGCGGAGGUUCGACCACCGACAUGCACAUCUGCUUGGCAUGCAGACAUCGCCACGAGACGAGCUAGACGUCGUCAUCCGUAUGCUCCUCCUUGGCCUCUCUCUUCCAGUGGAGCAGGUGCAAGAGCUUCUUGGCGAUCAAGUUCUCUCCGCCAUGACGAGGUUGUCGCUCGUCGGCCCCUCUCCCGCCAUCCCAGGACUGUUAGUACCUCAUGUACAGAUUUUUCCCAUCGACCCCUCUGCUCUGCUACGAGGGGAGAGCUCAGAUGAGAGCAUGGGACUGCUGAUGGUGACAGAUCUCAUGCCUCCAUGCUCUGCCGCGCUGGAAGAAGAGCCUGUCAUGUACAUCGGGCCCGACUCCCUCGGUCUAGUUCAUCAUGCUCCUCGCAAGGAAGAGGAGGCAGUGCUCGAUCUGUGCUGCGGGAGUGGGAUCCAAGGGAUUGCAGCAGCGAAACUGUACGGCAAGCAGGUGACGUGUGUUGACAUCAACGAACGGGCCGUUCGGUUUGCGAGGUUCAAUGCGAUGAUCAACGGAGUUACGUCAAGUGUGAAGGUCGUGCAGGGCGAUCUCUAUGACUUUCAUGACGAGAUGGGACAUGAGAUGGGCUCUGAAAGUGAAGUUGUGGUGUCGCAGAGGAGGUUUGACGUCAUCUUGUCGAAUCCUCCCUUCGUUCCUGUUCCGUCUGAUCUCAAGAAACGGGUCAAGCGAUAUGACGUCUUUGCUGAUGGUCGGAAUGAGAACACGAGAGUCAAACAGAUGCGGUUGAUUCUUGUUGCAGGAGGAGAAGAUGGAGAAGCAGUCCUCAAAAGGAUCAUUACCGGGGCAAGCCGACACCUGGCUGCUGGAGGGAGAGUAGCGAUUGUAACGGAGAUCUUUUGUGCUCAUCUCCUUCCGGAGAGGAUGAGCAGGUGGCUGAUCGAAUCGUCUCCCCUUAGCGAAAGCCGUGGAAGACGAAGAUGGAGGUGCUUAGUACAUGUAGACAAGGAGGAGAAUAUGUACACGCCUGCCACAUACAGCGAAGCCCGAGCUGGAAACAAAGUUGAAAGAUUAGAAUGGGAAGAGCACCUGAAGAAGAUGCGAAUAGAAACGGUUGGGAGGGGAUACAUCUUCCUCAAGGCUGAUCCUGACGAACGCGAGGCGGGGGGGGAGGAAGAGGAGGGAAUGGGCGAUGAGAUCUUUCUCUCGUUCUCAAAAAGCGGGAAAAGCGUCUGGUCUCCAGCAAAUUUGCAGUCAGUGAUGGAGACUAAAAGGCAGCUGGAGAGUCUGAGAAUGAUAUGA